AUGGGACUCAAUGAUACAUAUGUGCAAACCAGGAGUAACAUCUUUAUGAUUAAACCAUUCCCUUGUGUAACAACUAUCUACAGUAUAUUGUUGUCAAAUAAGAAGCAGGGGCAGGUUUCUACCUCUCCCCAGUUUCUCCCCACAUCUUCUUCUUUCAAUGUUGGUGCGUCCAAACAAGGUUUUCCCUCCAGAGUCAAUUUUGAUGUUCAGAAGUCACCUGUGUGUGAGUAUUGUAAGAAACCAGUUCAUAUUAUUGACAAGUGUUACAAUUUGCAUGGUUAUCCUCCUAAUUUCAAAUUUAUAAAAGGGUCUGGAAGUAGAAAGACUACAGCUCAUGUUGAAGUCUAUUCUGUUGAUCCUCCUGCUAGUGUGGUUUCUAAUAUGGGUUCUGAUUCUAUCAAACCUUCUGAUUCUGGUGUUGUUCCAAUGGUUCCUGGUCUUACACAAGAUCAAUUCUCCCAGCUGAUGAUGUUACUACAACAAUCCCAUGUUUCUGUUGAUUCCUCUUCUCCUCCCUCUCUUAUGGCUUCUACUAACUUUGUUGGUAAGCUGUUAUCAGAAAGCAUUUUGCUCAAGUCAUGUAUGUUGUCACAAGCCCCUUCUCUGAAUAUGCCUCUGGUUCUUGGUAAACUGGAUCACAACCUCUACAAGCUUCUCCUACCUCCUGUUGCUUCUGACAAUGCCACAUAUAUCUCCUCUUGUAUUGAUAAUUCUUCCUUUGUUUCUCCUGUCUGUGCUUUACCUGAAACAAAUAAAAUUGUAAAAGCUAUUACAAGUGUAAAUGUUGUUGGUUCUUAUGAGAGACAUGUGACUACUGAUGUUCAAACUGUAAGGAGUGAUAAUGCCCUAGAUUUAGGAUCCAGCACUAUGGGAUCCAAAUUCUUUUCUGAAAAGGGAAUUUUACAUCAGACCACUUUUCCUCAUACUCCACAACAGAAUGAAGUUGUGGAAAGGAAGCACAGAAAUGUUAUGGAGACUGCUAGAGCCAUUCUUUUCCAAUCUGGCCUCCCCAUUAGAUUUUGGGGAGAUUGUGUCUUAACUGCAACAUACUUGAUUAACAAAUUUCAUUCUAGUCUCUUAAAGGACAAAAGCCCUUAUGAGCAACUUUCUACUUCAUCUCAUGAUUGUUUCUCUCCUAUACAAUCUGAAGCAACUCAUCCCUUUCCUAAUCCUGGUAUUUCCCCUGCUUCUACACUGCCUGCGGAUAUCUCUCUCUCCUCUCCUGAUUCUUCUCCUUCUUCUGACUGUCCCUCUUUUCCACACUCUGAAUCUACCAUUCCACCUUGCAAUUUUGAAUCUGACUUAGUCUCUUCUCCCCAACCUGAAUCUGCCCUUCCUCCUUAUAAUCUUGAAUCUAAUUUUCCUCCUUUAAGGAGAUCAUCUAGACCUCAUAAUCCUCCUACUUACUUGCAGAAUUAUAUCUACACACUCCCAUCUACUUGCUCCAGAUUUGCAAAUUCUUGUAUUACAACUGUCUCUAGUAAACCUCAUAUAUUUGAGCCAAAUAGCUAUUCUCAAGCAGUAGUUGUCCCUGAGUGGAAGGAAGCUUUGAGAAAAGAGUUUGAGGCACCGGAGGCAAAUGGAACUUGGGAUAUAGUUGAAUUACCCAAAGGCAAGAAAUCUAUUGGUUACAAAUGGCAUUUGAGCCAGUUUAUCCAGAAACCUUGCAUUCCUCACAUGCAAGUUGCUUUACGGUUAGUCAGGUACCUUAUGGGUACUCCUGGUUUUGGUGUCUUCUAUAAUAAUUCUUCUGAUCUAUCUAUGAGUGUUUAUUAUGAUAGUGAUUGGGGUACUUUCCCGGAUAGUAGGAAAUCUGUUGGUGGGUUUUGCAUAUUGCUGGGUGACAGUCUUGUGGGUUGGAAAUCCAAGAAACAGUCUAUAGUGUCCUUGUCUUCUGCUGAGGCUGAAUAUAGGUCCAUGAGCAAGGCCACUGCUGCGAUAACUUGGAUUUGUAGACAUCUUUCUCACUUUGGCAUAUUUCUUUCUUCUCCUAUUCAUUUGUUUUGUGAUAAUCAUGCUACCAUUCAUAUUUCCAAAAAUCCUAUCUUCCAUGAACACACUAAGAAUAUUGAAUUGGACUUCCAUUUUGUUUGCACCAAGUUGAAUGAGGGGCUACUUCAGUUGCUUCACACUUCAAGCGCAACUCAGUUGGCUGAGAUGUUCACCAAGCCUUUAGUUAAGGCUAUCCACUUUGUUCAUCUUCGCAAGUUGGGGGUUGUAUCACCCUCCAACUUUCCGGGGGAUGUUAAUUUGUAUAAGGAGUAUAAGGAAAAUGUCACUUAG